GUAAUUGCUUCAGCCAAUCAAAUUACCCCACGCUGACCAACAUCUUGGUACAUUAGCAGAAGCCGUGUGUGUAGCAGCGGCACCAGCAAAAUGCGAGAGAUUACAUCAAUAUCGCACCUUUUUAGGUCAUUUUCUAUAUUUUAUCUAGCUCUGGAUUUUCAUAUAUACGGUAUAUUUGGUAAUAAUGAUGUAGAGCGCCACCUGGAGAUGGGGAAGAAGUUUCUAGCUGCAGGACAGCUUGUAGACGCUUUGACACAUUUUAACGCAGCUAUAGAUGGGGAUCCCAGUAAUUACUUGGUGUAUUUUAGAAGAGCCACAGUUUAUUUGGCUUUAGGAAAAUCAAAGUCGGCUCUUCCAGAUCUAAACAAAGUUUUAGAGUUGGAUCCAAAGUUCCAAGCAGCCAGGCUGCAGAGGGGGAAUGUUUUACUGAAACAAGGGAAGCUCUCUGAAGCGGAGGAAGAUUACUUGGCUGUGCUUGAAGUAGACCCCAGCAAUGCCGAGGCACAAAAACAGCUCCAGUUGUUGGAGCCUCAGAGAGAAAACAUCAGACUAGCCAAGGAAUACUAUGAACAACAUGACUUCCAGGCAGCUAUUGACGCUGUGUCACUGGCAAUAGAUGUGAGUCCCUGGGAUGCGGACCUCCGUGAGUUGAGAGCCGAGAGCUACAUUGCCCAGGGGAACUACUUCAAAGCGUCAGGGGACCUCAGGACCACCACCAAACUGGUGUCAGAUAACACGGAGGGCUAUUACAAGCUGAGUAACCUGCAUUAUGACAUGGGGGAAGCUGAGGAGGCAUUGCUACAAAUCAGAGAGUGCCUAAAGCUGGACCCAGACCACAAGCAAUGUUUCCCAUUUUACAAAAAAGUGAAAAAACUUACAAAACAGUUGCGAGACGUCCAGGAUUAUCAGAGCAAUGGGGCGUAUGAGGACUGUGUUAGCAAAUCAAAGGCUAUUCUAAAGACAGAAGACAGAGUGUUUUCCUAUAUACACAGGGCUAAGGGGCAUGCCUGUCACUGUAAUAUGAAGGCAAAACAUAUAGAAGAAGCUUUUAAGUGGUGUAAAGAGAUACUAGAAAUAGAUGAAAAUAAUAUUGAAGCCAGGUGUGAUUUAGCAGAAAAUUAUAUAAAUAAUGAACAGUAUGAAGAAGCUGUUCAAGAAUACCAAAAAGCUACAAAUAUAGACAAAAACAACCAGAGAGCACAGGAGGGACAGCAGAGAGCACAGAAACUGCUGAAAAAUUCACAAAAGAGAGAUUAUUACAAAAUUUUAGGUGUAAAAAGAAAUGCAAAUAAAAGAGCUAUAAACAAAGCAUAUAGGAAACUAGCUUUACAGUGGCACCCUGAUAAAUUUGAUGGGGAGGAGAAGAAAAAGGCUGAAAAAAAGUUUAUGGACAUUGCAGCCGCCAAAGAAGUUUUAUCAGACCCAGAAAUGAGACAGAGGUACGACAACGGAGAAGACCCUCUGGAUCCAGAACAGCAACAGCAAGGUGGCCGGGGCAACCCAUUCUUCCAUGGGUUCAAUCCAUUCGGUAGUGACGGUUUCAACUUCAAAUUCCACUUCAACUAGGCAGCGAAGUUAAAGAGAGCGUGAAAAAAGACGCGUUAAUGCAAUAAUGCCACUUCUGUGUAUAAUCUCUGACUUGUUUCAACCAACAUUAUUUUUUUGCAUAUUGUUUUACUCCUCAAAUGAAUACACUGGGGCGAUCACCUGGUUCGGCCAUAGGUAGAAGCUAGCAUGGCUUCUUUGGUGAAACGUUAAGAAUUUUGUUCUGAAUUUAGCUGAAAUAUUUCCCCGGGGCCUCGGGUCCGAUGCGUGUAAGCCUCUUUAAACUUAACCUCUUUAUUACUGUAUAGAUUACCCAUCCAGUCGAGUUUUACAGGAAGACAGUAUUUUUUACCUACAACUGGACUUACUAUACAAUUUAUUAAAGCUGAAGACGUUGUAAUAUUUAAUGAUUCCGCCUGUGUUCUCAGGAGAUCAACUGAAGGCUCGGCAAGGUUGCCGACCAUAAUGAGUAACAAGUCCAGUAAUAGAUUUUAAAUGUCAUUCAUGCAACCUCCAUGUGUUCACACCUAUGGCACAAGCGGGUGUCAGUGGGAAUUUGAAAAGUUAAAGAGCUGGCCUGCUUUGACAAAUUGAAACUCCUAACACCCCAUUUCCAUAGAUU